AUGUCCCUCCUAACGCUCGACCAAUCUCAACUCGGUGGGAUUCAGAACAAAGUCGUGGUUAUAACGGGAGGCGGAGAUGGCAUAGGUCUUGCCACGGCACUUUCCUUCCUUGCCAGCGGUGCAAGGGUGGUUGUGGGCGACCUGAGGCUGGAAUCAAUCGCAGCUCAAGGCUCGAAAUUCGGUGAUAGCCUUCGCUAUCUUCGAUGUAACGUGGUCAAUUACCAGGACCAGCUGGAUCUGUUCCGGACUGCAAAGGACAAUUUUGGACGGAUAGAUGUGGCCAUCGCCAAUGCCGGCACAGGGAAACUUCCUGAUGACGUUGUAUUGGUCGAAAACAUCAAUGAAGAGCCUCCGCUUCCAGAGGUCGAUGUCAAUCUGCGUGGUGCGUUGUUCACUGCCCGGAUCGCCAUGCACUACAUGCGACAGAACGGUGGAGGCGACCUCAUCAUGACGAGUAGCGUAGGAGGAUUCAAGGAGACUAUUGGUCUGACGACAUAUGUUGCGAGCAAACACGGUGUGAUUGGUAUAAUGCGAGGCCUGAGGUUGACGAGUAUCAACGACAACAUAAGGGUCAACGUUGUAUGUCCAUGGAUGACAUUCACCUCAAUGACCAAAGGCAUUGCUCCUGCAUGGAAGGGGUCAGGCUUGCCGUAUAACGUGGCGCAGGAUGUUGCUAAUGCCAUGUUAUAUGCUGUGAUGGCGAAUGUGAAGUCGAGUCCCUCUGACACUGGCUCUCGGGGUCAAUUUCAUGGCAAGGUCAUCUUCGUCGGCGGUGGCAAGUCGUACGAGAUUGAGGAUAGAUUACAGACACUUGAACCUCAUUGGCUUGGAGAAGCGAAUAGCAGAAUUCUAGAAAAGGGUCAGGCAUUUCUACAUAGUGGCAGCGCUCCCUGGAACGGGAUUUGA